CGCGCCACUGCGUGGCCGGCUCCUCGGCCCACCACACCGCCUCCACCUGGCCGCCGCCGCUGCCGCCGCCGCCGCCAUCCAGAAGAAUCUCGCCGACCUUGUCCAUGCGCGCGUCCGUCGUCAGCACCGGCAGCUCCGACUCGAAUACGGCGGGGUUGCGCUGCGCGGGGUUGCGGUCGUUGGCUGGCAGGCUGCCGAACAGGCCGCGGAAGACGCAUGUGCGCACGCGCGGAGUGGCUUCUGCUGCUGUGCUGCUAUCGCCGGAGCUGCUGGUGGCUGGGGUGUGGUGGAGCGUGGCCAGCGAAAAGGUCGCGACGGGCAUCGUGGCGAGGUGCUUCACGAAGAGAUCCCGCCAGGGAGCCGCCGUUGGGUCGUGUGAGGCAUUACUAGCAGCGGCCAUGGUGCUGAGGCUUGCAAUCGUUUUGGCUGAGAAUGAGCGGGAAAUAAAUGUCGGUGGCUGUGGUGAUGAUGACGACGGCGAGUAGUAGGAGGACCCUGGAUCUAGCGGUCGCAAUCGAGUUUUGUGAAUCUGCUGCCUUGCUGUGAGCGAAUUGCAUGUGAUGGCCCUGCGUGCCAUGCAUUCAAUCAAUAGCACCUGGGAAAUAGUAUGAGCUAAGCAAAGCUACCUAUGUGACCAUUUAAUAGAUGAUGAUGAGACGAAAUAUGUCAAAGUAAGCAGUGGGACUCGGUGGCA